GAUGGCGGCUAUCGAGGAGGAAGAAAUGGGGAGUAGCUGCAGCUGGAGAAUAAGGGGAGUCACCGAGUUGUUGCUUCGAGGGCUUCUCCUCUGCGCCUUGGCGGCGGGCUCAGGGUGGUGCAACUCAGUGGAGAGGAAAAUCUACAUCCCGCUGAACAGGACAGCUACAUGUGUCCGCUUAAUGAAUGCCACACAUCAGAUAGGCUGCCAGUCCUCCAUGAACGGAGACACUGGAGUCAUCCAUGUGGUGGAGAAGCAGGAGGAUGUGCAGUGGGUACUGUCCGAUGGCCCUCAUCCCCCGUACAUAGUGCUGCUAGACGGAGAACUUUUUACCAGGGGCAUGAUGGAUCAGCUCAAAGAAAGCCCACGGAUCUCCGGCGUGGCUGUGGCCAUUGCCAAACCCAGGCCGGUAAAAGGAUUCUCUCCAGGCUCCAGAUGCCCAAACGAUGGCUUCGGUGUCUACAACAGCACCUAUGGCCCCCAGUACGCUCAUUGCAAUAACAUGGAGUGGAACCCCCUGGGCAACGGCCUUUUCUAUGAGGACUUCAGUUUCCCCAUCUUCCUCCUUCAAGAUGAGAACGAGACUGAGGUUAUUAAGCAGUGCUACCAAACCUACAACUUCCCUCACAAUGGCUCUGUCCCGCAGUACCCGCUGUGUGCCAUGCAGCUCUUCUCCCACAUGCACGCCGUGACCAGCACAGUCACUUGCAUGCGGCGCACCUCCCUCCAGAGCACCUUCAGCAUCAAUCCGGAAGUCAUCUGUGACCCGCUCUCUGAUUACAACGUGUGGAGCACGCUGAAGCCCAUCAACGUUUCCACGAAUCUGAACUCCACUGAGAAAGUCAUCAUGGUUGCAACUCGAAUCGACAGCCAUUCCAUGUUCUGGAACGUGGCUCCUGGGGCAGAGAGUGCCGUUGCGUCUUUUGUAACCCACCUGGCUGCGGCUGAAGCCAUCCACAAAGCACCGGACAUUCAGACAUUGCCAAAGAACAUCAUGUUCACCUUCUUCCAGGGGGAAAGCUUUGAUUACAUCGGCAGCUCCCGCAUGGCCUACGACAUGCAGAAAAACAAGUUUCCCAUCAGGCUGGAGAACAUCGAUUGCUUCCUGGAGCUGGGUCAGAUCGCGCUAACGAAUUCCUCUGUCCUCUGGAUGCACACGGAUCCUGUAUCCCAAAAGAGCUUGUCUGUUGAGGUAACAAACCUAUUCUCGAGAUGCAGCACCAGUGGCACUGGGGUGGAAGUGCAGGAGAUCGGUUCAACCCAGGCUCUCCCGCCGUCAUCCUUCCAGAGAUUCCUGAAGCUCAAGGAGAUUCCUGGAGUGGUGCUGGCUGACCAUAAAACAUCCUUCCAAAACAAUUACGUGACGGAGACGGCCGAGUCCCUGGCAGAAGUGGCCACUGUGGUUGCCCGCGCGCUCUACCAGCUUGCAGGGGGAAGUGGCAACGCCUCAGCUAUUCAGGCGGAUCCAAGGACGGUCACACGUAUGUUGUAUGGCUUCCUGGUGAGGACAAACAACAGCUGGUUCCAGUCAAUUAUUAAGCCGGACUUGAAAGGAAUUCUGGAAAACGAACCUCCUCCGUACUACAUUGCUGUUUCGAAACCCGUGAAUGCAACCUACCUCGUCCAUUACGUCUUGGCCAAUCUGACGGGCGCAGUGACCAACCUGACCAAGGAGCAGUGCUUGAACUCCGACGGAGACCUGUACGAGUACGCAUGGGUGCAAGGUCCCCAGGACCCCAACUCUACGACAUCCAGCCGCCUUCCGUUCUGCGUCAGGUCAACGGUCCGUCUCACUUCAGCCAGCUCCCCGGCCUUUGAGCUCCAAGACUGGGGCUCCACACAGUACUCCACCUGGACGGAGAGCCGCUGGAAAGAGCUCCACGCCCGGAUCUUUCUCGUAGCCAGCAGGCAGCUCGAGAUCAUCACACUCGUCGUGGGCAUAGUAAUCCUGAUCAUCUCGUUCGUCGCCACCUACUUCAUCAACGCCAAAGCGGACGUGCUCUUCACAACCCCACGGGACUCUGGAGCCGUGGCCUAUUGAAAGCCCCUCCCUGCAAACGUCCCCCCAGGAGGCCUGCAAAACCAGGCGAGGGAUGACGGACAGGUAGACGACUUGAAACGGCUGGUAGAGCAACACUGGAGCCUCUUCCCUGGUUGAUGUGCACAGCGGAAUGGAAAGGAGUCCCUUCCCUAAACCUUGACUGGAUGAAGAUUAGCGGCGGUUCAUGGACUUUCCCCAUCCCCACCACACCUCUUUGACUGGCCUCUGCUCCAUACAGCCGCACAGAAAGGAAGAGUCGGAUGCCUUGAGUCCGAUACUGAAUCUUCCUCUCCAGGGGUCAGCAUGGGUGGUUGGGGGGAAGGGGCUCUCUGCAGUUUCUUCAGAGCGCCAGCCCUUCCUCUGCUUCCCCCCCCCCUUUAAAGAUGCAGAUUAUCUGAAGAAUUCCUCCUAUCCCGAGUUAUCAAGAUGUAAACAAAAGAAGGACCUGGGCCUGGGAGAGUGGGGUGGGAUGGGGGUGGGAAAGGGGA